CCAACCCCAUACCCACCACCAUCAUCGUUCACCGCCGGGACCCCUAAGGGGACUCAGCCUGGCCUUUCAGCCCAGUGCGGGGACCAUGGGAUCCAAAGCAGAAGGGAGCCCCCCGGCCGUGUUUGAUUGGUUUUUCGAGGCGGCCUGCCCUGCCUCCUUGCAGUCCGAUCCCCCCAUUCUGUGGCAAUUCCCCCCGGAUUUCAGAGACCAGGAAGCUGUGCAGAUGGUGCCCAAAUUCUGCUUCCCUUUCGACGUGGAGAGGGAGCCCCCCAGCCCCGCCGCUCAGCACUUCACCUUCGCCCUGACCGACCUGGCUGGCAAUCGCAGAUUUGGUUUCUGUCGCCUUCGCGCUGGAGCCCAGAGCUGCCUCUGCAUCCUCAGCCACCUGCCUUGGUUCGAAGUAUUCUACAAGCUACUGAACACAGUGGGGGAUCUCCUAGCCCAGGACCAAGUAUCCGAAGCUGAGGAUCUCCUGCAGAACAUGCAACAGCAAACCCUGCCUGGAAACCGGGGCUCCGCAGGGUUGGGUCUGGGCGACGGAGUGCAGGUCCUGCCCCCUGCCCCCGGGACGAGCAGGCCGCUCUCCUGUUUUGUGGCCCCGAAAGCGGACCGCCUGCCCUCCAUCCCUGAAAACCGGAACCUGACAGAGCUGGUGGUGGCUGUGAGAGAUGAGAACAUCCUGGGGCUGUUCGCCGCGCUGCUAGCUGAGCGGAGAGUUCUGCUCGUCUCCAGCAAGCUCAGCACGCUGACUUCGUGCGUCCACGCAUCCUGCGCACUCCUGUACCCCAUGCGCUGGGAGCACGUGCUGAUCCCUACACUGCCCCCACACCUGCUGGACUAUUGCAGCGCACCCAUGCCUUACCUCAUCGGAGUGCACGCCAGCCUCAUGGAGAGGGUGCGGGACAGAGGCCUGGAGGACGUGGUGGUCAUGGACGUGGAUGCCAACACCUUGGAGACGCCGUUCGACGAUAUAGGGGCCCUGCCCCCAGACGUGGUGUCCCUACUGAGGUUGAGGCUACGCAAGGCCGCGCUGAGCCCCGGGGAGGGGGUGUCCCGGCUGUUCCUCCACGCCCAGGCCCUUCUCUUUGGGGGGUACCGCGACGCACUAGUCUGCAGCCCAGGCCAGCCCAUCACCUUCAGCGAGGAAGCCUUCCUGGGCCAGAAACCUGGGGCGCCACUGCAGGCCUUCCACCGGCGGGCUGUGCACCUGCAGCUGUUCAAACAGUUCAUCGAGGGUCGGUUGGAGAAGCUCAACAGCGGGGAGAGUUUCGGAGACCCCUUUGAAGAGCAGAUUACCUGUUGCGGAUCCUCCUCAGGCGGCAUCCGCUCCUACCAGCUCUGGGCCGACAGCCUCAAGAAGGGUGGUGGUGCGCUCCUGAACUCGGUCAAAACUAAAACACAACCUGCUGUCAGGAACAUGUACCGCUCGGCCAAGAGCAGCUUGAAGGGUAUGCAGCAUCUACUAUACAAGGAGGGGGACCCCAUCCUGCAGAGGGGCGGCUCCUUGAGGGUUCCAGCCCCUACCAGCCGCUCGGACCGCCUGCAGCAACGCCUGCCCAUCACCCAGCACUUCGGACAGGUAGAGCUGCCGGUUCCUCCACGCCCACCCCUCCCCGAUGUCGCUCCCUCCCGUGGCCCCUGCCUACCCCUGCCUGGUCUCCCCCAUCUCUUCCCCUCCCCCAAGCAGAACCGGCCCCCCCGCCCCAGCAAGAGGCACCGGCCAGAGGAGCGGCCACCUGAGAUCUCAACAGAAGGGACACUCUCCUCCUUGAGCCCCGAGGAGCAGCCAAGCCCCUGGGCGGAGGACACCCUCGACAACAGCUUUUUGGGGUCCGGAGAGGAACUCGACUUGUUAACCGAGAUUCUAGGCAGCCUGAGCGUGGGAACCGACAGCAUGGGCGGGCUGAGGCCGAGCCAAAGCUUAGACUGUUGUCACUGUGGGGAUCUGGACGGUAACUUCAACUUGCCUGACACACCAGCAAGCGGAAGAUGGGCGUCAGACCAUGGGGACCCGGCUCAGCCUCUCUCCCUCUCGGUGCACCUGUCACCGCCACCUGUGCAAGCCGUGUGCCCAUCAGGGACCCCCUGUCCCCAGCUGCCCAUGGAGACUCACCAGGACAUGGCUCCUGCACCCCCCAGCAGCCAAGGGGACCCCAGACCCCCUGACCUCACAGAAUCCCUCAUCCUGCGUCUCUCCCCUCCCCAAGAAGCAGCUGAAGAUGGUGGAGCCUGGGCCACUGCAGUAGCACCCACCCAACACGGCCCUCAGCUCCCGACACCCGGGACCUCCGUCCAGCCUUGUAACCCUUCCUUGGAUUCCGGCUGCCCGGACAAUCCCAGAGCUCCGCUCCCCAAGCUGCCGCUGGAACCUACCCAUCCCCAGCACCCACCUCCAGAGCUCAGGGGGGCCUCUACGGCCGCUGCAGCCCCCAUCAAAAACAGGCAGGAACCCCAAGUGAGGAGCCAGUCCCGCGUGGCUGACCUCAAAAAGUGUUUUGAAAGCUGAGAAUCCAAUAAAGCUAUCCGAACCCAAA